AUGGCGACCAAACCGACGGCAACGGCAGCGCCGUCGCUGAAUAUGUAUCAGAAAAUCGCGGUGAUUCGACACUCCAGCGAUAGCUUGACUUACGAUGACAGCGACGGAAACUCAAAAUCCGUGUCCGUCCAGCAACUCGGGGACGCGAUUGCCACCGCGACACCACUGGUUUUGCCAAAGUCCAAGCUCGACAUUCCGGUUCCCCGAAUCAACAACGUAGAAAGUUACGAGCGUGACGUACCGGCAACGUAUCAAAAGCCAAUUUCGUACGUGCGAUGUCACAGACCUUCACGGGCGGAAUUGAAAGCAAUGGUAGAAUACGUCGCCGACCGCGAGGACCAGGAAUGGCUGACGAACAACACUAAAUUUGGCGGUGCGGUCGUGUGGGACGAGGGAUUGGACACGUUGCAACAGCGAAAGCCUCAGCUACCGUUAGCUCUCUUGGAACGCAUUCUAGAUUUGUUCGAGAAGGAAACUGGCUUUGACGCCAUCAUGACAUCAAAUCAAGCAGAAGCUAUGGUAUUUAAGAACAUUCCGCUUAUUUAUCAAAUCUUCCCGAAUAAACCUCGGAAUGGGGUGGUGACAACCAAAACAGUUCUCCUGGAAGUAUACAACUACUGGCUUCACAAGCGUUCCAAGCUCAAACGCCCCUUACUGCGACGCUUUUGGCCGGUCACUAGUAGCGACGACACCAACCCUCAUCUUGUUUUCCGACCUCGGGAAAAAGAGAAAUACAAACUACGUAAAAAACGUCAAAAUGACAUGGACGCGUACCGAAAAAUGAAACAGCUUCGCAACGAUUCGGACAAUCUGCGUGCGGUGCUGGAGUUGGUCCGUCGACGAGAAGAGCUUGCGCGUGCCCACAUCAAGACUCAAAUGGAAUUAUUCGAACAGCGUAUGUACGACAUCGUCGACACGACCGGACUACCCCGGGAAUUGAAGCAUGUAGACAAAGAUCAGCUUAAGCGGGUGUUGGACACGCCAUCCUUUUUCGACAUCUACUACGGAGGGCGGAAAAAACAGACCGCUCGGUCCCCUGUUUUCCCUAGUGAUAUUACAGCGCGUGAAGCUCGCCCUCUCUUGAGUAAGACCCUCCACGACAACGCUAGUAGUGCCUCCCAAGAAACACCAGCGAUUGUCGCUGGACAAAAUAGUGGUGAACCCGCUCCCUUGUUCCUUGAUCCAUUACAGACUCGAGAGACGUAUGCCACUUCUUGGCAAAAUGCUGUGCCUCACGUAACUUCGUACAUUGAAUCUCAUGCCGAACCGACUUUUCGGUUUAGACAUCGACCGCGGGUUGGUCGCGGUGGUCGACUUUGUAUCGAUAGAAUGCCCCGCCCGCCGAAUCCGACCGGUCCGACCACUACUGUCGUCACCGCCGGUCGCGGUAUGCCCCAGUCACUGACCCAUAAGGACCGCCUACUCGACCUGCUCCCCAAACCACUCGAUCAUAUUUCAUUGAGUCGAAAAAUCGAAUCGAUGUCUGUCGAAGCUAUCAAAGAAGACCAAGAAGCCAACGUGUUAGCGGCGGCAACCAAUGGUGAUUUAGACGAAAACGAUGCGGACGAAGUGCUGGUGAAGCUCGACGACUGGCUGGAGACGGAUGAUCAACCAUGGGGAAACGAACGGUUUGCAAUUGGUCCGCUUUGA